AUGCAGUACAAAGCUCUUGCCGCUCUCUGCUUCGCCGCUACGGCCCUGGCUGCCCCUGCCACCGAGAGCAGCUCGGAUGAUUACUCCGACCUCUAUGAUAGCUCUGAUAGCAGUGAUGCUUUCAACCUUGGCGAUGUCCCUGACUCCAUCCUGACCGUCCUGGCCACCGCUAUUCCGGAUUCGUGGUACAGCGAUAUCAUGGACGAUGCUUCUCGUUCUUCCAUCGUCAGUGCCGCUGCAGCUGGUACCUACCCUGCCUGGUACAACUCCCUUCCCAGCAGCGUCAAGGCCUGGGCCACCUCCAACUUCGACGACGACGUCCUCGGUGCCUCUUCAACCAUCAACAGCAUUGCCUCCGCCACGGGAGCUUCUGGUAGCUCUGCCGUUGAGACCGGUUCCAGCUCUGCUGUCGAGACCGGCUCCAGCAGCGCUUCCAGCAGCUCCGAUGCUAGCAGCGCAGCCGGCGUCAGCUCCACUGCCACCCAGACCUCCAACGCCGCUGAGACCUCUUCAUCUUCCUCCUCGGACUCCAGCUCCGACUCUUCUUCUAGCUCUGCCUCCGCUUCUGCCUCCCCCUCCCAGUCCACUGGUGGUGCCCCCGCCCCUACUGGCGGUGUUGCCAUGGGUGUUGCCGGUGCCGCCGGUGUUCUGGCUCUGGCCCUCGCUCUGUAG